CAAAGUUGGUCGUCUCCAUUCCAAUUUCCACCUUCUGGUCGUGAGAAUUUCCCAAUGGGAGGUCAGAGGAAAAGUCGCGGUACCGACGCCAAUCCAAGUUCCUCCUCCUCCUCCUCCUCCUCCUCGUGCUGUUCGCAUUUCUGGUCAUCAGCCCUUCGAGCCAAGACCCUCCCGCCUCCCUCGGAUCCCUCUGCCGUCCGUACCGUCUCCAGCGAUGGCCUCGUUCGUCGCCUCGGCCUCCUCGAUCUCGUCCUCAUCGGUAUCGGCGCCUCUAUUGGCGCCGGCAUCUUCGUUGUCACCGGAACUGUCGCCCGCGAUGCUGGCCCUGCGGUUACGAUCAGCUUCAUGCUAGCUGGUGCAUCAUGUGUUCUGAAUGCGUUCUGCUAUGCCGAGCUGGCUUCUCGGUUUCCUGCUGUUGUUGGGGGAGCUUACUUGUACACGUAUACGGCUUUCAAUGAGCUCACUGCUUUUCUUGUGUUUGCUCAGUUGAUGCUUGACUAUCAUAUUGGGGCUGCUAGCAUUGCUAGAAGUUUGGCAAGCUAUGUCAUUACCGUUCUGGAGCUCUUCCCCUUCUUUCGUGAUAACAUUCCCAGCUGGAUAGGACAUGGUGGAGAAGAGUUCCUCGGUGGGGCCUUGUCGAUCAAUAUAUUGGCUCCUAUAAUUCUAGCAAUCCUCACUAUAAUUCUUAGUCUGGGUGUAAAAGAAUCAUCCGUUGUGAAUUCAAUCAUGACGGUAACUAAGGUCGUAAUUGUUAUCAUUGUUAUCCUAGCUGGUGCUUUCAAGGUUGAUGUUUCUAAUUGGUCUCCAUUUGCACCAAAUGGCAUUAAAGCAAUAUUGACAGGUUCUACUGUGGUGUUCUUUGCCUAUGUUGGAUUCGAUGCAGUAGCUAAUUCAGCUGAAGAAUCAAAAAGACCACAGCGGGACUUGCCGAUAGGAAUCAUGGGCAGUCUUCUCAUAUGUAUUGCAUUGUAUAUUGGUGUCUGUUUGGUUAUCACUGGAAUGGUUCCAUACAAGUUCCUAGGAGAAGAAGCUCCCUUAGCCGAGGCCUUUAAAUCGAAGGGCCUGAAAUACAUUUCUGUCCUUAUCAGUAUAGGUGCUGUUGCUGGCCUCACGACAACUCUUUUGGUUGGCCUAUAUGUUCAGUCUCGAUUGUAUUUGGGGCUUGGACGGGAUGGCUUACUUCCCCCAGUGUUUGCUAAAGUACAUCCAACUCGCCGAACUCCGAUUCAUUCUCAAGUAUGGGUCGGCAUUGUUGCAGCCAUUAUGGCAGGGCUGUUCAAUGUCCAUGUGCUCUCCCACAUUCUGUCAGUUGGUUCACUGACUGGGUAUUCUGUAGUAUCAGCUUGUCUCAUAGUCCUUCGGUGGAAGGAUAACACAGCAAACCAAGCUAAAUCAAGAUGGCUAUCAAGCUGGAAAGAAGGGGUUAUUUGCCUUCUUUUAGUCGCAUGCAGUGGCUUUGCAGCAGGUGUCUCCUAUCGCUUCGGUGCCUCAUUCAUUCUUCCAUUGGUGGCAGUAAUUGUUGCAGUACUCGCUACCUUUGCUCUUUACCAUCGUCAAGUUUACGCAGGCGCACUAGGUUUCUCCUGUCCCGGUGUUCCUAUACUGCCAGCCAUUUGUAUAUUCUUCAAUAUCUUUCUGUUUGCUCAGUUGCACUAUGAAGCAUGGGUGAGAUUCGUCAUCCUCUGCAUCAUUACAACUGGAAUAUACGCAUUUUAUGGGCAAUACCAUGCCGACCCAACAAAUUCUGAAGAGACGAUUAUUUAUCAUAGGGCCCCCGAACAAGAAGUUAAGCAUCAACCAUGAAGCAAUAGGAGAAAUUUGUGAGGAAAUCAUAUAUGUAUGCAUAUGUAUAUGCCACUGCAUUCGCAAUAAUGAUCUGUUGUAGCUAGUUCUGUAUCUAUUCAAGUUAGAACCCGGCUUUGUUGUAUAAUUAGUUGUAGCAAGUACAGAAGUGUAUCAUUCGUGAUCCUCUUCAUAUGCGGAAAUGGACUUCGGCGGAUGCUGCUAAUGCCAAAACCAGCCGUUAAAUAUAUCCGAUGGACAUUGCAGAAG